AUGUAUUUAUCCAACCUUGGUGGACAAUCUAGAAAGACGGGUAUCAGACCUAAAACAAAUUUGAAAACUGAUAAAUAUGGUAUGGAAGACGUGGAUGACUUUUUCGAAGAUGACGAUGAUGAUGGGAUAAACAAGCUGAAAGGACAGAAACUGACAAUAGCAUUACUGCGAGGAGAAGAAGUGUCCAACUAUAAAUCAACCAUUAGUCAACCAUUUAAUAAUAUCGCACGUAAAAUCAAUUUCAAUCAAGAAGAUGACGAAACAUUUAAUUUACCAUCAACUUCAUCUUCAUCAGCUACGGUAACCGCGUCAUCAGUGUCGAAUAAGAAAUCCCCAGUGACAACUCAACAAUCACCGUUGCGUUCUCCAUUACCGGAGCAAGACUAUGAUUACAAUCAGUUUGAUGUGGAGGAAGAUUAUGGUAAUAUAACUGAAGAAGAUAAACAGCCAUCCCCACCUCCACCAGUGCCAAAGACAAAGUCAAAAGCAAAAACGAAAGCUAAGGCUUCCACUACAAACAAUACCAAUACCAAAUCUACUAAAGCUGCUUCUUCAUUUACUAAAAAAAUGGCAUUAGGUAAAACCAAAAGACUACCGUCGAGUUUUGAUUCAGUAAACACAAGUAGUGUCACCGAAUACUAUGAUGAAGACGAUGAAGAUAAUGAUAGGGAUUAUGGUGAAUCACAACAGGAUUCAAUUGAAGAUUCAAUGGUUGAUUCAACUUUCAAUGAUUAUUCACAACCAUCAAGUAAUAACAACAAGACCCGAAGAAAAAUCAUUAAAGAAUCACCAUUACCAUCACCACCACCAGAUAAUCCUAAUGGAUUAAGGAGAUCUAAACGUACAAGAAUCAAACCAUUAGCAUUUUGGAGAAAUGAACGAAUUAUCUAUUCUAAGGAUUUAGAUUAUGAUGAUGAACAAGAUACCACGCUAGCUAGAGAUAUACAUAAUAUCCCAUUACAACUGAUUAAAGAAGUGGUACACAUACCAGAUAAUGAAUCUGUUGAUAAUUCAGGAUCACCAAAUACUAGAACGGGAGCAGCUGGGUCUACUAAAACAAGACUGAAUCGAAAACGAACCUAUAAACAAACCACCACUACUGCCCCCACUGAUUAUGAUUAUGAAUCAGAUCCAGAAAUAUCUGGUUCAGAAUGGUUUAAAGAAGAUAAUCUACUGUUGGAAGUUAACGAUAAUGGGGAAUCCAAAUUACGUAAAAUUGCCUAUAAUCAUAAAGGUGGGAAUUAUGUGAAACCCACUGAUGAUAAUUAUUUAGUGGCAUCAUUAUUUGAUGAAGAUAAAAGUUUUUUUGCUGGUGGGAUGUUACAAUUACCUUCGGAUGGAUUUAAACCACCAGUUACAGUGACGGGUAGUACAUAUAUGUUUAAUGUGAUGAAAGGAUUGAUUCAAGUGACGUUGAAUGAAAAUAUGUUUGUUGUUACUAAAGGUUGUAAAGUACAAAUCCCUGAAGGUAAUGAAUAUUCCUUAAGAAAUAUUGGCCAAGGUGAUGCUUAUUUGUUUUUCGUUCAAAUCAGAAAACCAGAAGAAAUCGAUACCAAUUGGUAA